UGAUCAUUCAUGAAUUUGAUUAGUAUAAAGUAAUCUUCAUACAUACAUACAUACAUAUAUAUAUGAGAGCAAAUCCUAAAAGGUAGCUAAAUGCGCGUCCCUCCCUCCCCUUCCCCUUAUCAGUUUGCGUGCGCCUCCCUUUAUCUCCCUAUCGAUUUUUCAUCUCUGAUUCUCUGAAUCUCUAUCGAUUCACCGCCACCACCAGCCCCAUUGCCAUUGUCGAUUUCAGAUUUCAGCUGACGUCUCCCACCCACAUACUCACUUUUGAUUUUAGCUUCAGCUUCAGCCCAACUCUCUUCUCUUUGUUUGCAUUAACUUUUGCCUGAUAGUUGUUGCAAGGAUGGUUGAGCUUCUCUUUGAUGAUAUUUUUAAGAUUGAGCGUUUGAACCCAGAUGGUAAAAAGUUUGAUAAAGUUACUCGAAUAGAGGCAAAGAGCGAGAAGUUUGACAUGUUCAUGCAUCUAGAUAUAAAUUCAGAAAUAUACAACUUGAAAGAAGGUGAGAAGUUCUCGAUGGCACUAGCUCCAACUCUGAAUCUUGAUGGAACCCCUGACACAGGCUAUUUUCUUCAGGGCAAUCGGAAGUCGCUUGCAGACAGAUAUGAAUAUGUCAUGCAAGGGAAGCUAUUCAGGAUAUCGGAAAGUUCUGGUCAUGGCGGUAAAGCUGAAAUAGAUGCGUCUUUUGGUGGGCUUCUGAUGAUGCUGAAGGGAGAUCCCUCACAUUGCAGCAAGUUUGAACUUGACCAGAGGCUGUUUCUUCUCAUCAGGAAGGUGUGAAGUGCUUUCAUUUGAUUUGAACUCUAAUGACUUGCUAGAAAAGCUCGGACAUCACUCAUCGCUAUUAGAACUGUGAACAUUUAGGAAUCUGUGUAUUGUUGAGCUCAAAUUGAAAUCUGUAUUUGAUAAAAUAUUGGACAGUGACCCUAUCUUGUGAAGAAAUUCAUAUCUUGCCGAUGAUGUUAUGAAUCAUGAUCACAAUAUCUUACUGUCA